UGUGGGCUAAGGCGCGUAUGUUAGAGAUGUAUAUCCUGUCUUCGGAUAUAGGCAGACCAAGAGCAGCCCAACCCUUCCUCCUAAUUCUCGUCGCUCGCUCUCAUGCCUUCCAACUUCCGAGGCCGGCGCCGUUCAGACCACCUUCCGUACCAGCCGGGAAAGGCCAGAGUCCGAGGGCGUCGCCGCCCCGCCAGCUCCGGAAUCCGCCCCGGCGCUCCCUUCCCCGCAGCGUCAAGCCUGGGGAGCCGCGCGGCUCUCUGCGCAUCCCGCGCACCUGCAGCAAGGCCGCCAGUCUCCUCUCGGCAGCUUUCCGGCGGUCGCUAUGGAUAAACUGGCUAAUGCAAACUCGCAGUUUGCUCUGGAUCUUUUCCAAAAGUUGAGCGAAGCCCACCCAACCGGCAACAUCUUCUUUUCUUCGCUCAGCUUAUCUUCUGCCUUGGCCAUGAUCCUCUUAGGGGCCCAGGGUAACACAGCCGCGCAACUCUCAAAGACACUUCAUUUUGAUGGUGUUGAAGACCUCCAUUCAGUAUUUCACACGCUCAGUACUAAGAUUAACCGGAGCAAUGUACCCUAUAUUCUGAAGCUUGCUAAUAGGUUGUAUGGAGAAAAAACUUACACCUUUUUGUCGGAUUUCUUGACUAGCACUCAGAAUUUGUAUGGAGCUGAAUUAUCCACAGUGGACUUCUCAAAUGCUCCAGGCAAAGCAAGAAAAGAAAUUAACCAGUGGGUUGAACAGCGGACUGAAGGUAAAAUCCCUGAGUUGUUAUCUGAAGGCUCCGUCAGUGAAGUGACUAAACUGGUUUUGGUGAAUGCUGUCUACUUUAAAGGCAACUGGGCAGAGGCAUUUAAAGAAGAAGAUACUGAAGACAAGCCUUUUAGACUAAAUAAGACAGAAAAGAAGAAUGUGAAGAUGAUGUUCAUGAAAGAGAAACUUCCUUUUGGUUAUAUCCCUGAAUGCAAGUGUCGUGUGCUGGAACUCCCAUACGAGGGAAAAGAACUUAGCAUGUUAAUCCUUCUGCCUGAUGACGUUGAGGAUAAUUCCACAGGCCUAGAAGAGCUGGAGAAGCAGCUGACUUUGGAAAAACUCCAAGAGUGGACCCAGCCGAAAAAUAUGCAUUCCGACUUGGACAUCUAUGUACAUCUACCUAAAUUCAAGCUGGAGGAAAGCUAUGAUCUUAAAUCUUACUUAGCAGCACUGGGGCUUUUAGAUGUGUUUGACAGUGGCAAGGCUAAUUUGUCUGGAAUGUCAGGAGCCCAGGACCUCCAUGUGUCUAAAAUUGUUCACAAGUCAUUUAUAGAAGUAAAUGAAGUGGGCACUGAAGCAGCAGCAGCUACUGCUGCUACGAUCAUGUUACUUUGUCUGCCCAUGGAAGAGGAUUUUAAUGCUGACCAUCCUUUCCUAUUUUUUAUCCGUCAUAAUCCAACAAAGACUAUACUUUUCCUUGGUAGAUUUGCUUCUCCAUAAAGAGUAUCAUGAGUCACAAAGCUACCUUCCAGCCUCCUAUAAAACACACAUUCCUUUGCUUGCUUGGGUGGAUAGGCAUAAACAAGUUGGGUUUCUCCAGGUGUUUUCCACCUUGGAUGCUCUUGAGUCUGUUAAGCGGUUUUAUAUGACACUUUGCUAUAAAGGGCCACCAUCUCUAAUCUAGGACUUUCAGGCGUGUUUGGCUGCAGUUCUCUUAAUUUCCAGCCAGCUAGGAAUUCUGGGAAUUGUAGUCUGAUCUCUUUGGAAGCCAUCAGGCUGGGGAGGGCUGCUGUGCAUUGUAUUUGUAAAACAAAUUGACACAUGAAUUACUGGAAUAAAGUUGGCCUUUAUUCAAUACAAUACAAGAGUCAUUAGCCCAGAAGCUGGACCAGUGGAAAAUGAUUGAUAAUACAGAAGCCAGAAAGACACCUCUUUCUUGUUCUUAAAAAUGCAAAGGAAUUUGGCACUUGCCUUAAUCAGUACCUUAUGACAAAUUAUGGUACAGCUUUACCCAUCAUUCAGUGAAUGCAGGAUUGUACACAUGCCAAUCACCAGUCGCCUCAAUCUGCUUAAAUCAUUUCCUCUCUGAUUUCUGACUUUUUUUUUCCUCCACACUCUCUUCUCAGUAAAUCUGAGCUAUGCGCUGUUGCCUGUCUUUCAGGCAUUCAUUUUAUUGAAGGUAGGUGUGAAAUGAAGAAAUUCUAAUGACAUUUUGAAGGGUUUGGCACUUCUGCAAUUCAGUUUCAUCUGUUGCUUGGAUGAUUUGGGGUCAUUCUUGCUUUGAAUAUUUAAGAAAGCCGUGAUUUAUGGUUACAAUGAAAAAUGGGUAAAUGUUAUCAAUAAUGAUAGUGUGAUGUUGCUCAGAUACCCUAACCACAAUUUCCCAGCCAAUGACAUUUUCUGGAUAGCCCAUGAGAGUGAUAAGACCAAAGCUUCAUCAAAAUGUAUUUUCCAUAAGAAAAGUACAGAACACAGAGUGCUUCAGUAAGCCUCUGUUGUGUACUUUAACUGUUACUGAGAUUCUUUUUUAAAAAUUGUUUUGCAGAAUUAAAGUGUAAUCACAGUACUCUAGGGAGAUCUUUAAGGGGUCUCUUGGUUUUGCUUCCACCACCAACCAUUUUACUAAUUUGGUAAUUCUGAUUUUCUGUUUUAUUUUUAUUUAUGAAUGAGCUAACAUGACUUGUUAAGAUUAUUUUUUUUAGGUCUGAACAAAGAAUCAAAUUAACUCUUACCAAAUAAAGGUUGUGAAGAAGUUCCCUUUAGAUUACAAUUUAGGUUAACUUUUUUAGAAUAUUAUCCUAGCUCUCACAGCAAGGCGAAUCUUAUAGGGUUGAAAGGGAUCUUGUAGUCCAACCCCCUCUUCAGGGCAGAAAUCCUUACACCAUUCUGGACCAAUGGCUGUCCAGUCUUUUCUUGAAAAUGUCCGGUGGUGGAGCAUCCAUGACUCCAAGAGGCAGGCUGUUCUACUGCUAGCGCUAAACUAAGUUUAGAUUCAUGCCUAUGUUAAUCUAAAAGGAAUCUAAAUGGAAUCUAAGUGAAAAUGAUAGGUAUGUAUUUGUAAUAAACAUUUAAGCCUAUCACAUUCUUAAUAUAUACCUUUAAAACAUGCACAAACUCUACAAACAUGAUGUACUAUCGAUGGAAUGAUAAUGAGGGAAGGGGAGAUGGCUGAGUGGGGACAACUUGAAAUGUUUAUCUUUAAAAUGGCUCAAUAUGAAUAAAUAUGCAACGUGUUUCAUAAGAUAGAAACCAUUGUCUGUUUAUUACCUGCACAAAUGACUAAGAAAAUGGAAACAGGAAAUAUCCACAGCUUUUUGUAAUUGAAAGAGAAGUGGAAAAGAAGAAAUGAGAGUGAAUGUCCUGCUUGGAGACCUUUUAUUUGGAAUUUGCCUGACUCCGGUGAAAAAAUAUGCUAAAAGUUUUUCCCUUAGAUCUGAUGCAGUCAGUGAUUUCUUAUGCUAG